GAGUAUAAAUUGAAUUGAAUGGAAGACAUGGAAGAAUAAAAUCGAUAUUUCAGUGUUCAAUAACUACGAGCGUGUGGGAUGUGCUCCAGGCGCCCAUUCAUAAAGUCCGUCUCUAACCGACCGCCGCCGCCGUCCGGCGCUGAUACCGCUCCUCCUCCGCCAUCCCGCCAACAAAAUUACAACUUCCAAAUCAACCUCCCCUACCGGCAGCCGGACCCGGAUGAAGCACGCCGCCGCCGCUCAAAAAUCGCAGAACUCGUUUUUUGCUGCGCCGUAUGGGCGUUUACCAUCGCCUUACUGGCGCUCUGCUAUCGCCGUUCCCCCGAUUUCCGCGCCGAUUCGCUCUCCGUUUCCGAUUUCAACAUCUCGAGUAAUAACCUCGUCGCCGGGAAUUGGGACCUCCGAUUCACAGUCCGGAACCCUAACGGCAGGAAGACAGUCAUCAACUACGAGCACAUCCGCGCCGAAAUCUUCUACGGUAAGGUGCCGCUCGCGGAGACCGUCUUGAAGCCGUUCUCUCAGGAACCGAAGAACGAGACUUCCUUGGAGGCGAGAUUCGUCGCCAAUGGAACCUUCGUCGACGACUGGAUCGUGGAAAGGUUGAACGAGGACAUGGAAUUCAAUGUCAGAUUUUAUGCAUCGGUUUCCUUGAAGGCCGGAUGGCGGAGGUCGGAAGAACAGGACUUUACGGUGUACUGUAGGAACUUGAAGGUUACGGUUGAUGACGGCGGCGGCGGCGGCCAUGGCUCCUCUGAUUCUGGAGGGCCAAAACGGUGCCGCAUUCCGUAUCCCUGGCUCUUCCUCUGAGAGGUUAUUUUCGUCCAAAUUUGCAGGCCUUUGGGAAUUUGUAAUACCAGUAUAUACUAAAGUGGAGGAAAUGAAGUGAACAUAAAAUAAUGAGUAUUAAAGAAUUUGCCUAUUUAAAAAAAUAGCUAUUCCCACG